AUGUUGCUUCCGGGCCAUGUGGUGGCGCUGCAUGUGACGACGUGCGGCCAGAGCGGGGCCGGCCUCGGCUCGGACGAGAAGGAAGUCGUGCUGCUGAUUUACGUAAUCAUCGAUGUGCAGACAAAUAACAUAAUUGGCGCGAAGCAGUAUCUAGUCCGGCCGAUGAAUUCGACGUUCCGCACGGACUCUAGUGGCAAUAGUAUCACCGGCAGCAGCAACAGCAACAUCAGCGGCGUGGCUAGCGGCCCCAUCGGUGCACUGACAGCAACUGACUGCAGCAGCACCACGUCCGAUCAGCAGUGCUUGGCAUCUUCGCCGUCGUCGGCCGGAGUGCCGGAAUGUGCAAUAUCGCAGGAGAUACCGGCCAUCGAGACGCUGGUACAGACCAAUGGCCGUCCCCUGGAGGAAGUUAUCCAGCAGUUUGACGAGUACACCAAGUCACUCAACCUGGACCCCCACAGUCCCAGCUUUCGGCUAGUCACGGACGGCCAGCUGCCGCUCCGGCAGUGUCUGCAUCCGGAAGCCAGUGCCAAAGAGAUCGACCUGCCACAGUACUACUGGCGGUUUUGCGACCUGCGCAAGGAGUUCGUGCGCCUGAAGGCGGGUGACCUGGCCCGGGCCCUGGUGCCGGUGGCCGAGGCGCAGAAGCUCCAGUCGAUGCCGAACCUCGUGCCGCCCGUCCCGGCCUCGAUCACCGACAUAAUCCAAGAUCUGGAGCUGCAGGCUUGCCAGGAUAAUAACGAGUUCUACGUGAAGGAAGCGCGUGACAUGGUGACGAUCGUGCAGCACAUGAUCACCUUAGGCCACAAAUUUGACGUUAACGAAGUAAUAAAUCUUAAUCUGGAGCCCGGCAUUUGCUCAAUUGACGACGAAAUCGAUGGGACGUGCAUAGUGCGUGCCCGUGGACUGCCGUGGCAGAGCAGCGAUCAGGAUAUUGCAAAAUUUUUCCGCGGCCUUAAUGUGGCAAAGGGUGGUGUAGCUCUUUGUCUAUCGCCACAAGGACGUCGCAACGGUGAAGCAUUGGUGCGCUUCGUAUCUCAGGAACACCGCGACAUGGCGCUCAAACGACACAAGCAUCACAUCGGAAACCGAUACAUCGAGGUGUAUCGCGCAAACGGCGAGGACUUUCUGUCCGUCGCCGGUGGGGCUUCGAACGAGGCGCAAGCAUUUCUGACCAAGGGAGCACAGGUCAUCAUUCGGAUGCGUGGUUUACCGUACGACUGCACUGCCAAGCAAGUGCUCGACUUCUUCGCCAACGGGGAGAACAGCUGCAACGUGCUGGACGGUUCCGAUGGCAUCCUGUUCGUGAAGAAACCGGACGGCCGGGCGACGGGCGAUGCGUUCGUACUGUUCGAGCAGGAGUCGGACGUCAACAAGGCGCUCUCGAAACACCGGGAAUCAAUCGGCCAGCGGUACAUCGAACUGUUCCGCUCGACAACGGCCGAAGUGCAACAGGUUCUGAACCGAUCGAUGGAUCCGAAAACGUACGAACCGCCUCAGCCACCGCUGAUUGCACAGUUACCGCAGGUGCAGAUGCAACUGCUACCGCAGCACGUCAUUACCAGUGGCACCGAGAAGAACUGCAUCCGAUUACGGGGUUUACCGUACGAGGCGAAGGUAGAACACAUUCUGCACUUCCUGGACGACUUCGCGAAGCACAUCGUCUACCAGGGCGUGCACUUGGUGUACAAUGCGCAGGGACAGUUCAAUGGUGAAGCGUUCAUACAGAUGGACUCGGAGACCGCCGCCUACCAGUCGGCCCAGCAGAAGCACCACAAGAACAUGAUGUUCGGCAAGAAGCAGCGCUACAUCGAGGUGUUCCAGUGUUCCGGCGACGACAUGAACAUGGUGCUGAACGGGGGCUACCAGCAGCCGUCGAGCGGCCUGUCGAAACCAUCGCUCCUCUCACCGGGUAUGUUACCGACAGCGGCCACACAGCCACCGACACACGCUCCCCAGCAGACGCUCUCACUCUCCCAGAUACCGUUACCCAUUCCGCCGCCCCUGUCCCUGUCCAUGCCUCCGCCAAGCCAUCAGCUGCUGGCGCAACAGCAGGCACACUACAUUGCGCAGCAAAGUCUGCUCGCCCGCCAGGCGGCAGCCGCCCAGCAGCAUCAGCAGGAGCAGUUUAUGCUGCAAAACCUGGGUGUUUACGCUCCCCCGACCAGUGUCGGAGGAGGACAAAGUGCGGGCGGAGGAGCCAGCUACGCGACGGCCGGCAGUGUGGGGCAGUCGGCGGCAAGUGGUGCCACCGGUGGGGGUCUUCCGCUCGGCCAUGCUUCCGGCCCGGGUGCCGGAGCCGGUGGCCUGUCGGGGCUGGGUGCCAGUAGCCACGCGGGACUUCCGCCACAUUUGGCCGGCCACCCUUCGCUCAGCUCGCCGUACUCGCAACUCUUUUUCAUGCCACGCCACGCCAUGUUUACCACGAACGGUGGCUUUCCGAUGGGUCUGAUGGCACCGUCCUCAGCUCACCACGGUGGCUUCAAUCCGCUGCACGCUUACCACCACAGCCUUGGUGGUGCCGGUGGUGGCGGUGGGGCUAGUGCUGCUGCCGGUGGCGGCGGUGGUGGUGGGGCUGGCUCUGGAGCCGCCGGAUUGGCAGGUGGUGCCGGUUCCGCCAGUGCACUAUCCCAUCAUCACCCGUCGGCCCUCAUGCACCCGUCGGCGGCCGCGCAGCAGCAUCAUGCCGUGGCGAUGGCUGCGGCGGCUGCGUCACAACAAGCAGUUGCUGGUAUGUUGCCUUCGAGCAUCAAGCGAUCGUACGACAGUGCUUUCCGCGGCGAUCAGUCGUCCCUGGCGACCAGUGCCGCCAGCAAGCGUCCCUACCACGGCACACCGUCGCAGAACGCGGCUGCGGCCGCCGCGGCCGCAGCUGCUGCCCUUUACGGUCCGUACUAUCACAUGUGA